AUGUCGACCAUAUCGGAGAUAGCAAAAGUCACCGUUGACAAAAUACUACUUUUCGGUGACUCAAUCACCGAAAUGAGCUACAACCAAGAAUUUGGCUUUAAUCUCGCACCGGCACUCCAACACGAGUAUUUCCGCAAACUCCAAGUCGUGGCUCGUGGCUACGGUCACCAGUGGGUAUUGAUUUUGCUUUACGUUGUGACUUUAUAUUUUCUUAAAGUCGAGGAAGCUGGCGGCAGCAUAAUCAGGCUUAUGACCAUCUUCUUUGGCACGAACGAUGCUGGUGUUGAUGCGGUGUCGCUGGAGAGGUUUGCAGUUAAUCUUACAUUUAUUGCCAAAAUGGUAGUUGGGCGCGAAAUUCCUCUCAUCAUUGUUGGCCCGGCGCCAAUCAACGAGUACGUGGACGUUGCGGGGAAGGUUACGAUGAGAAAUCUAGAGUACUCCAACGCAGCCUCCAAGGUUGCAAGUGAGCUUGGGGUACCUUUCAUUGAUCUUUGGCAUGCGUUUCUAGAGUCCAAGGGCUGGAUAGAGGGAGAUCCUAUUCCUGGCAAAAGGGGAGACAAGAGUGGGCAGACCUUGGACGAUUUACUCAGCGACGGGGUGCAUUUUACUGGCAAAGGGUACAAGCUCUGGUACAAUCUUUUGUUUCAGACCAUCAGAGAUAGAUAUCCAGAGUUGGGGACUGAGAAAUUAUCGACCAUUCUUCCGCAUAUCUUCGAUGUUGAUAAUUCGGACUUGCCUGCCAGUCUGUGGCAGGAUGUGAAGGAGGAAAAGCUCAAAGUGGGCACAGAGAUCAAAUCAGAGUUAUGA